AUGGGCAUUAAUUGUCUCUGCCAACAGAACAAAGACCAGCUCUCAAUUCCUCUACUGGCCACUGCAGGACCUACAAUGACAAAAGACAAGCAGAAUGAUCUCUCUCUAUAUAUCUGCAUCAGUGCAGUACUGACUUCCAAGACCAUAGACAAUAAAGAAUCCCUCACAAGAUAUCUUCCAGCAGAAGAAAAGAAUACAUCAACUGAAGAAGUCAAGAUUAUUGGAGUAGGAAUGACAAAGACAGAUUACAUCAUUUGGUUCCAGAAUGAGAUCUCCAAAGACACUGCCAGCAAGAAUGAGAAAUAG